CUACACGCACGUCCGCCCAGCGCUUCCGGCGCGGCCCCGGCGCCGGCCCGACCGGACCCGACCGCGGCUUCCCGAACGUCAUGCGGCACUGAGGAACGACUGACCGACGGCGGCACCAUGAAUCUCCUCCCAUGCAACCCUCACGGCAACGGGCUACUCUACGCCGGCUUCAACCAGGACCAUGGAUGCUUUGCGUGUGGGAUGGAGAACGGGUUCCGUGUCUAUAACACCGACCCCCUGAAGGAGAAGGAGAAACAAGAAUUUCUAGAAGGAGGAGUUGGCCACGUUGAGAUGUUAUUUCGCUGCAACUACUUGGCUUUAGUUGGUGGUGGAAAAAAGCCGAAAUACCCUCCCAACAAAGUCAUGAUCUGGGACGACCUCAAGAAGAAGACUGUCAUUGAGAUUGAGUUCUCCACUGAAGUCAAAGCCGUCAAGUUGCGACGAGACAGAAUUGUGGUGGUUUUGGACUCCAUGAUUAAAGUGUUUACGUUCACGCACAAUCCCCACCAGCUGCAUGUCUUUGAGACCUGCUACAACCCGAAAGGGCUGUGUGUCUUGUGCCCAAACAGCAACAACUCGCUUCUGGCCUUCCCGGGCACACACACAGGCCACGUGCAGCUUGUGGACCUGGCCAGCACUGAGAAGCCGCCCGUGGACAUCCCUGCACACGAGGGCGUCCUCAGCUGUGUUGCCCUCAACCUGCAGGGGACACGAAUCGCAACUGCGUCUGAAAAGGGGACCCUUAUAAGAAUAUUUGAUACCUCAUCAGGGCACUUGAUCCAGGAGCUACGCAGAGGCUCGCAGGCAGCAAAUAUCUACUGCAUCAACUUCAACCAGGAUGCGUCCCUCAUCUGCGUGUCCAGCGACCACGGCACCGUGCACAUCUUUGCCGCCGAAGACCCAAAAAGGAAUAAGCAGUCCAGUUUGGCGUCUGCCAGUUUCCUUCCAAAAUACUUCAGCUCCAAGUGGAGCUUCUCCAAAUUCCAGGUCCCCUCAGGCUCGCCGUGCAUCUGUGCCUUUGGAACGGAGCCCAAUGCUGUCAUUGCCAUCUGUGCCGACGGCAGCUACUACAAGUUCCUGUUCAACCCCAAGGGGGAGUGCAUCCGGGACGUGUACGCACAGUUUCUGGAGAUGACUGACGACAAGCUGUGAGCCGCGCGGCCUGGACGCUACAGC